AUGUUCAAGGCUAGCAGAUUGCUGGAUAAUCUGCGUCAGUUUCGAUACCCCAAUCUACUACCUUUAUCUUCGUCAUGGCCUCCAUAUAGGCGAUCUGCAGUACUGACAGUACUCUUUGUGGGUCAACGUGGAGAACUAAGAGUUUUACUCACCAAGAGAUCAAAAGGUCUAAGUUCCUUUUCUGGGCACAUUUCAUUACCAGGUGGUAAAGCUGAUUCUGUUGAGGAAACCUUUGACACUGUUGCUAGACGGGAAGCUGAAGAGGAAAUUGGAUUACCACAAGAUCCUGAAAUCCUGCGUGAGAAAUUCGACAUGAAUAUGGAGCAAAUUUGUCUUGAGAUGCCAUGUUAUCUAUCGAGAACCUUCCUCAGUGUUAAACCCUUAGUUUGUUUCCUAAGUAAUUCCGCACAUAAGGCUAUGGAAGCAGAUUUACCAUUAGAUGGGUCUAAAUUUACAGCCGCAUUAAAUCCAGGUGAAACCUCAUCAAUUUUUUCAGUACCGUUAAUGGAUAUGAUUGCACAUUUAUUACCAGAGGAUUCCGGAUACCGUAAGGAGUACAUUGAUCGUAAAGAAACCCUUCCAAAAUGGGGGGAACUAAGAUGGCUAUUAAGACAUUACUAUUAUCCUGUUGAGAACCCUUAUGAUGUUGAAUGGUUGAAAAAUAUCGAGGAUAAUAGUUCAUGUGACGAAUUAGAAACGACCCAAGGUAAAAGAAAUCUUUGGGGACUCACAGCGAAGAUACUUUAUGAUGUCGCUCGCAUUGCACAAGGAAUGGUAACUAGCGAUAAUGAACAAUAUGAUAUUGGCCAUGAAGAACUUAUUUAUGGUUUGAAAGAGUUUGGAGGUCAAUUACAACCAAGCAGAAGUCCAUGGGAAUCAAGCAUGGCCCGCGGCAUUCGUGGUUAUAAAUUUGGCGAUGUGAUACCGUGCUUUUAUAUGGAUAAACUAAUUGGUAUAACAUGCAAGUACUGA